GCGCCGAAGGUUUCCGCAGAGUUCUAUUUCGACGCCGGCGGGCGCGGGAUGGACCGACUGCUCCAUGGCCGCUUCGCGGAAGAGAUGGAAGACUGGUCCGGCGACUUCGCGCUCUCGAUGGACCCACAGCCGACCAUCGCGCCGACCAAGACGACGAGCAACGACGACGACGAGGAAGACGACGAGGACGAUGACAUGGAGGACUGGGACAAGGAGCUUACAUGCACGACGCUCGACUACGAUGGGUAUGCCUCCCAGCGCGAAGAGAACAACUCGUUCUUCCGGUCGCUGCUGCCCAACGUCGACCUCCUCGGCGCGCCGCCAUCGCCGCUCGACGACCGCCUUGCGCCAAGCUCGCCCGACGCCAAGCGCGCAACGCUGACCGUUGCGGGCUUGCCCGACUCUCAGAAGCUCCUCGAGAAUGCGCACGCGUGUUUCCGCAACGCGCCAAGCGGACCGCCGCCGCUGGCCUCGGUGCGCGCGACGCCGCUCUUGACGCUCGAGGCCGACGGCUUUCCCGCGUUCAACGAAGUCCAGCUCCACGACUGGCUCAAGAACGUCGUCCAAACCAAAGACGAAGCAGCGCUGGCCGAGGAAGCCUCGUGGUUGACGCCAUGCGACAGCGAUAUCUUCCUGCACGCCAAGGGCGGCAUCGCGGCCAUGCGCCUCUCGCUCGCCUCCUUCGGCGCGCGCCUCUCCCACUGCAUCCGGCGGCGGCGUCUCGUCGACGCGAGAAAGCUCUUGGAAGCGUACUUUCGCGACCUCGAGCUCGAGUCGUCUCUCCUCGUCGGGUGCGAUGCCGAUGCGUAUAUCCUUGGUGGCUGGAGCAUGGAAAUCCUGCAGCUCGCGAUCGAGGCGCUGCAGCCGACCGAGCACGACGUGCUCUUCGCCGACUACGUGGCGCUCUGCGGUAGGCUCUACCCCGCGUGGCACGCUGUGUGGGCGCUCCUCGAAUGCCGGUACGUGCUGCACCACUGGUCGCACUACGAGAGCGGCAAGAACUACUCGUGGCAGAUGGACCUUGUCCUCGACACAGGCGCGUCGCUGCAUAUCGAGCCUGGCCUCGGGCAGACCGUCGCCCUGCGGUACCUGUCGCUCUUGUCGACGGCGGACGAUCCGACGUCGUCCUGUCCGAUCACGGUGGCGCUGGACAUGGGGCUGCUCAGUCUCGGCACGAGCGCCAUCGCGAUCCACGCCGCCGUCCUCUGCGACAUCCAAGCCAUGGCCGACCGCCGCAGUCCACUCCACGACGUUCCGAUUCCGAGCAUCUUUCACGACGACCCGCCCGCGGUCCUCGCGCAUGCCGCGCCUUCGUCAUCGCUGCAAUUGCUCGAGCCCGACGGCGUCCACCGACUCGAGUGGCUCGAGAGUCUCUACGCGCGGCUCGAGAUGCCCCACGACACGUUGCUCAAAGCGAAAUGUGCGUACGUGCUCGGGCGGUCCAUGCUGCACUCGACGACGUCGCUCUGCGAGGCGCUCGCGAUGGAAGGUCUCCGGCUCCUCGACGUCGGGUAUGGCCUCGCCUUCCUUCCAGGGCCGUCCCAGCGGCAGGGCGUCCUCGGUCCGUCUGGCCGCGACACGCUCGAGCUCCUCGGCGCGGCCUUGCAGCACAACAAGAAGUACCCGUUCGCGAUCGCUGCGUACGAGAGUGCGGCGCGCGUCUACUGCUUUGAGUUUAUCAACCGACGCGGGUACGAGAAGCUCGACCGGCUCUGCUCGAGCGUGUGCUUGCACGAAGGCGACCUCGACCGCGCGCUCCUCUACCACGACCGCGUUCUCCAGUGGACCAAGGAGCUCGAGAACUGCCACGAAUUCGUCUUCAUUGUGCAAAUGAUCAACGGCAUCUUGCUCCAGCAGUGCCACUUUCAAGUCGCCGAGCAGCGCCUCGCCUCGGCAUUUGUUGCGCUCCAGGACCCGUCUGUGCCGAAUUUGCCGCCGCCGUGCCUCGCGCAGCUGCCGCCGCGCUCGUUCCACUUCAAGCUGCAGCACGAUCUCGACGGCUGGCUGCAGCACAUGAUCUCGCUGCACUUGUGUCUCCGCGACGUCUACCGCGCGACGGGCCGCUGGCAAGAUGCCCUCGCCGUGCUCCAGCACCUCUUGGCGUACGAGGCCAACUACCGCCUCAAGCUGCCACGCGGGAAGCGCGUAGCAUUAACCCUCCUCGUCGCCGAGGACGCGCUCAAGAUGCGCCAGCUCGAGCUCUGUCUCUCGAUGCUGCGCACGAUCGAGGCCGAGGCUAACGACGCCAAGGACCACCGGCACGCGCUCGAGACGAUGGGCUCGUUCCGCUACAUUCGGUGUCGCUUCCGGUGCUACUUGUUCAAGGCGCAGUUUCACCGCGCGAGCUUUUGGCUCGGGCUCGCGGCCGCCAAGGCGAGCACGGUGCGCGAACAGGCCGACGUUGCGCUCUACGGUGCGCGGUGCCUCUUUGCGUUGCACGCGCGGUCGCUCCACGAGUCGGCGGGUCUUUUGCGGGCCACGAGUUCGCGCUGGAACACGCCGGCCGACGGUCCCAUGCUGCGACUUCUGACGUCGCACGAGCAGCGCGUCUUUCAAGCGUACAUGGAGAACCACUGGACGCUCGCAGGGUCGUACGCCGACGAGGCGAUCCGCCGCACAUGGAGUGCGCUCGAUCUCUUCCGCACGCUCAACGACAGCGCGCGGCAGCUCAAGGCGCUCCUCGUUCUUAUUGACGCGUCGAUGGAUGCGGCGAAUGACGUGGCGUCCUCGUCGUUGGAGUCGUCCAUCAAGCAAGCGCUCGUCUUGGCCGGCGAGACUGCGCGCCCGAUGCACAUGGUGCGUGCCCUCGUCGCGUGCGCCACCGUCCGCUGCUGGCACCUGCAAACACCUACCGUCGACGUCGUCCAGCUCUACGAGCAGGCGCUGCUCCUGCUCCAAGCUGUCUUCUUGCGCAGAACCGAGUCGGUCGAGACGCCGUGGCAACCGCUGCUGCCCUUUGCACCGAGCGUCUUGGCGCAGCUCGAGCGCGUGGUCGCGUCGCUGCUACUGAUUGGCGCGCACUUGACGCGUCUCGAGUGGUCCUCGCCCUCGGACCUCCUGAGCUUGACUGAUCUCCAGCGCCUCUACUGGAGCUUAAACGCGACGACGUACUGGACGACGAGCACGAGCCGAGACGCCGCUGCGCCGACAGCACUGCCAGACAUGGGUGGUGGUGUACCGCGCACGGCGUCCGGGACUCGCUUGCCUCGCAGCGUGUACUCGCACCAGAAGCAGCUCUCGCUCUCGUCGCUCUCCGACAUGAUGGCGGCCGUCUUUCGACGACCCAACGACCCGUUCCUGGUGGUCGCAGCGGUGCCCGACCCGCCGUUUGCGUACGUGGGCCCGUUGCACGGCCACGGCGCGCUGCACAUGCCGCUGCCCGACGUCUCCCGCGUCCGGUCGUACUCGGCGCCCGUCGGCCACGAGGGCUCGGCGAGCUCCAACGCCGACUGGGACGACACGGACCUCGAGCUCGAAGUCGACGGCGCCGACUUUUGGCACGCGUGCUCGCAGGAGCACCGCAAGCACACAAUGGCGCUCGCCGCAUCCUACGAAGCGCUCGACGGCGCGUGGGGCGACUGGCACGCGGCGGCGACCGCCAAUACCAAGUAUAUGAGCGGCCGUCUCACGCCCGCGGCCUACCGGCUCGCCAACCUGCGCCUCAUUUACGACCUCAAUAGCCGACAGACACUUGCAGCGUCAUCGUCGUCGUCGUGGCCGCCGCAGCAUCCGUGGCCCUGGAGUAUUUUGCUUCCGACAGCGACGCAGACGACGGUGGCCCUCGUGCAGCCGCAGGACGAGCCAUUGCAAGUAACGCGCUUUCGCAGCGCACACGUUGCCGACUGGCGCGCGCACGUGACCAAGCUCUCGCUCAACCCGACAUUGCAAUCGCUCGACAUAAGCCGCGUCCUGCGCCUCCUCGGGCCCAAGGUCUUGAUCAAGGUGCUCUCGUCGAUCUUGCUCGAGACACCCCUCAUCGUCGUGUCGUCGUCCGUGACGCUGGUGCACGAAGUUAUCUACGCGAUCCUCUUUCUCCUCAAGCCAUUCCAGUGGCACUACCUCGUCGCGCCGUACCUUUCGCUCGCCUCGCUCACGUCGCUCCUCGAUCUGCUUCGACUGUACACGCAGCACAAGACGUCGACGACGUCCGAGCCGCCGUUCAUUGUCGGCGUCGCACUCGACACGUGGCGCGAGUGCGCCUACCAGCUCUCGCGCUGGCCGCUCGCCAAGGCCUGUGGCGGCUGCAUCAGUGUCCUCCACGUCGAGAAGGAUACCCCGAGUGUCUUCCAGAAGGCGUCCAACCCUGCGUUCGCCGUGCAUCUGCCGUCCAAGCUGCGCAAGCUCGUGGUCGAAGCGGCGUCGACCGAGCACGCGACGCCGUCGCAAGUCAUGGCCGCCAUCGACCGCGUCUAUGACAUUGUGUUGCGCAGCUGCCAAAAGACCCACUCGUUCAAGCAGUGGUUCCGGCUCGAGAACCUCGAGUUCGUCAAGCUCUUCCAGCUCACGUGGACGUACCAGUCGUACCUCAAGACGACGGCCGAGUCGGUGUGAUACUGAGACGCGAACGAAGUGCACUCCUUUUAAGUUAUAACGUCGUCGUAUUUACAUGGUGA